ACCCAGUUCUGAUGUGGGUGGGCGUAAAAUGAAAUCAAAUAUAUAAGGACGUGGUUCCGGGCGAAUUUAGAUUUUUUUCUUUAAAAAGGUUUACCUUUCUUUAAAAUAAUCUAUUUCAAAAUGCCCAUGGUCAAAAAUCUUGAGAAUGUUCAUCAGGAGUUGAUGGAUAUUGCCAGACAAUCUAAUCGUCUUUCUUAUACCAAGUACACUUCUGAUGAUAUUGAAAAGUUGCAAAACAGACUUCGUAAUAUUGACUCUCAAUAUAACGAAGGCCGCUUUGGUGAUAUGACAUCUUGCGCUGACGGUGGCUGCUAUGAAGAAGAAGGUCAAGCCCAAGUAUCUGAUGAAUUGGAAAAGGUUCAUAAAACGCUCCAUGUCAUGCUUUCUCGUAUUGACUAGUAAUUUAAAAUCAUGGAAGAAAUAUGAAAAACCAACAAUACGUCACAGUCUUUUUUUUUUUUUCACUCUUUUCAAUCUGCUUACACAAAUUUUCAGCUUUUCCAUAUCAUUCUAUUCAGUUUGAUUCUUAGUUUAGUUACUAGUUUUUACCCAGAUAUGAUAUUGUUAGUUUCU